AUGAGCUUUCGAAGAGCGAUAAGCACGGCAGCCACGCUUACAAGUCUUGCGACGCUUACGGCGGCACACGCGGGCCAUCAUCACGCCGAGGAGGGAUCAGAGAUGAACAAAGUGCCGCUCGACUGGAUAAUAAUCGUGCACAUCGUAACGCAGGUGCUUGUGUGGCUCGUUGUGUUCCCGAUUGGCAUGGUUCUCGGCAGCACCCGCUCCAAAUGGCACGUACCCGUGCAGAGUGCGGCGAUGCUGGUGACAGGCUGUCUGGGCUACCUCAGUGGCAUGAAGCACAAAGGGCGGCAGUUCCCGAGCUCAGUGCAUUCUACCAUGUCAGUUAUUCUCAUUUUCUAUCUCGUCGCGCAGGCAGCGAUGGGUAUCUUCCUCAAGCUGCACGUUAUGGAGGACACCAGGCUCAGAUCGUGGAUCGUGAAGACGCACGGAAUUACCGGUAAAACCUUUCCUAUCGUAGGCUGGGUACAGGUCGUCUUCGGCAUCGCGACUGUCGGGUCGUACUGCCGUGGCGGCAGUCUCGGACAGUGCUUGGCACAUUAUAUUAUGGGCUCUGCUUUUAUCUGGUAUGGUGUCUUGUACGCCGUACUGCUGCACAUCGGCGCACAGUCAGCCAUUUCGAGAGGUGGAAGCCAGGAGAUGGUCGAUUCAACAGUUAUCAUGCUCUGGGGGAUUGUGAACACCUUCACUGAGCACCACGGCGGGCCAUGGACCCACAAGGAUCUCCAGCACACCAUGCUCGGCGUGUUGUGGUGGUGUGGCGGUGCGCUCGGCAUGUUCAUGUCGCGCAAAGGCACCAGAUCAAUUAUACCCGCUGGGAUUAUUAUCAUGACAGGAUACGUGAUGAGUGGGCACGCUCAAAGCAUGGAGAUUUCCACAAAGAUCCACGCUUUAUUCGGAUACACGCUCAUGACGGCAGGGGUGACGAGGAUCAUCGAUAUCUGCUUCAUAAGCAAUCAGGAGGAGUCAUAUAGCCUGCGCACGUUCCAGCAUCUGCCGCCGUACCUCCUCAUACUCUCAGGAUCGUUGUUCAUGAGUGCAACUGACGAAGAGCUCUCGGUGGCGGACUCGCACAAUUUCGACCACGCAACGUACGCAAUGGUGAUAUUCUCAAUAUCUUUCUUGCUCUACUUGCUGGUGACAACAAACAUGAGCCUUUACAUGCAUCUUACGCGGGGCGGCGGGGUUGGAGAUAACAAAGACACGGAAAUGCAGCACUACGAGAGGCUUUCGGUGGAAGAGAGACAGAGGCAACAACCAGAGACGAUAUUCGACAGCUCAGAGGAGACGCGUACUGCAGACAGUGAGGAGCGCGGAACGAGCUCGCUGUGGCCAUUUAACAAGUACAUGAACCCGCUCUUCUACCACCUUCUCCAGAAGGAUUUAAACAAUUUCAGACUCAGCCUAGACAGCUCUACAAAGCAGCCGUCGUCGCUGAGCAAGUCAGCGCACUCUAUUACGCCCGCCACCGAGCUGCGAUCCGAUGUGAACCAGCGCGACGACAAAGGGAGGACGGCUCUCCACUUGAUCGCAUCCAUGCGCGACGAGAACCAGCUCGAUUUUGCUCGUCUCGCUCUCUCGCAGCCAAACAUCAACGUCAACCUCCAGGACGCGGAGUCUGGCUGGACAGCCCUGCAUAGGGCCAUGUAUUGCGCCUCUAUCGCUUUCGCCAGGCUCCUCCUCGCGAGAGACGACGUCGAUCUUUCUGUCAAGGACAGAGAAGGCUACACCGCUUUCGACCUUUACAAUCUCACUAUCGACGGUGCGCUGCCCAAUCCACACCACUCUUCCCGCUCCGAGCUGUUCACGUGGGGCACGAACCGCAACUACGUCCUCGGCAACGCCCACGGCGACGAUCGGCAGUUUCCUGAGCGCAUAUCCAUUAAGCGCGUCACGAAUCACGAAAAUCCCGUAGACAAGUUCAAGUAUCUUAAUGUCGACAGAGUGUUCAUGUCCAAAUUGCACACCGGCAUCAUCACAGACGAGCACACUAACAACGUCCGUUUCUGUGGAUUCGGGAAUGGAGGCAGGCUUGGCAGAUCCGUUCAUGCACAGUAUGCAUUCGAGCCACUGGCUUCCCCACUCGACGUGAAAGUGGUGGAUAUGGCUCUCGCCCAAGAACACACUCUCCUGCUCGACGCUGACGGGCACGUAUACUCUUUCGGUCUUAACAAGCACCAGCAGCUCGGUUACGCUGUUGACGCACCUACCUCACACCACGCCAAAUUCACAAACUCGAGCGACCCAUUCCAGAUCACCCCGAAGCGAAUCUUCGGGGCGCUGAAGAAGGAAGUGAUGGAGGGUGUUGCCGCUGGGAAGACUGCUAGUGCGUGCUGGAAAAACGACACGUUAUUUACUUGGGGAACGAAUGAGGGUCAUUUAGGAUAUGACAAAUCUUCGACACCUAUACAAAACACACCGCGCAAGGUGACAUCCAUAAAGCAAAAUGUACUCGCUGUUGCUAUAUCGGAUAGGAGCAUGUGUGUGCUGACGGAUAGUGGGGAUGUGACAGCGUUCUACAACAGCGCAUACGCCAAACUCAGUUUUCCGCACUUCAAAAGCGAUAGAAUGGGGACGGGAGCAGCAUCCGCAAGGAUCAGACCCACAAUCACCAAGGUGAAAUGCUCAUCUAACACAUUCGGUGCGCUAAGUUCGCUCGGAGAGCCGCAGAAAGUUUGGAGUUUUCGCAACCAAUUCACCGCAGUGAGAGAUUUCGACGUCGGGUUGAAUGGUACUAUUGUCUUGUGUACACUAUCUGGCAGUGUCUUUGUCAAGACUGCAAAGAAUACUCUAGAUACCAUACCUCCAAGUUGGAAGGAGAGCAGCAAGACUAAGUCCUCAAAAUUCUUUCGCGUGCCUUACCUCCACCGCGUCAGCGAAGUGCAUGCCAGUGACUCAGGAGCAUUUGCAGCAUUGCGAAAACCCCCAGCGCACAAAGCUAUCUAUGGUGGUAGAGAUAGCUUGGGCGAUGAUAUGAGGAGUGGCAUGUAUCUCGGUGGUGGAGUGGAAGAUGAGGAGGUGAGUAUAAGUGGUGACAAAAGAUCUGAGGGUGUAGUGGACGACGACAACAGUCAGCAUGAGGAAGAUGAUGAUAUUGAUGUCAAGAUUGCGGAAUGCGAUGUUUUCUUCCGCAGAUACACCCGUAGGAGUGAUAAUAGUGACGCCCAUUACUCCGAUAGUCAUGUUGGCGGGUUUGACGGAAGAUUGAAGUGCAACAGUGGAGAGGUGAUACCGUUCCACAAGAGCGUUUACGCAUCGCGAUCGCCUGUUCUGAAGGGGUUGCUUGAGGGGGACAGAUUAGAUGGGCUAGCGCUAUCUGGCAGUACUUUGAAACUCCCCGACAGUCUAUCACACCCUCUCACACUGCAUAUACUGAAUAAGUAUCUGUACACUGACUCACUGCUGUCGAUUUGGGAUCCCAGAGUAAUCAAGCCGCUGCUCGGGUACACUACGCACGACCAGGCUCUCAGAGUGAGGGAUACUCUCGGCGCACUGUGCAAGCUGCUCCGGCUUGGUAGUCUUGAACCAUUCUUGGAAACACUAGUGGUGAGGGACGUACCUAGGACACUCGGCAUAGAUUUGGGAGGACGUAUACGGUCUGGCGUAGUGGACGGUGACGUAAGGCUCAACUUUAUCGACAACAAGUAUGCCAUUGUCGAUGGUGUCGUCUUAAAGAGUCGUGUGGAGUUUUUCAAGGCAAUGUUCGAUAAUCCCAUCUGGACAGAGUCGCGUCGUCGCCGUGACCAGCAGGUUCACAUCAAUUUGACACACAUGCGUCUGGAAAUAUUCGAGUACAUUCUGCACUACGCAUACGGAUGCAGUGAUGGGGAAGUUGUCGAUGCAGCAUGUGCGGCGAGUGGGGAUAUGAACGACUACCUCAACACGCUGUUUGAGGUGGUAGAAUAUGCGAAUGAGCUGAUGAUGGAUAGAUUGAAGGAUGUAGUGUCAAGUGCGAUACGACCGCUGAUUACACUCAAUAGUGCCGUCGGGUGUGUGGAGAAGGCACUCCACUAUGAGUGCCACGCACUGGUCGACAGUAUACUAGAGGAUCUGGCGACGCAAGUGGGGAUGGUGUUAGAGAAGGGCGUACUGGAGGAGAUGAGUGGGGAUGUAGUUCUGCUGCUCGAGAAACAAAUACGCGGUCGACAACACGCACACAUGCCAACGAAGGAGGUGUACGCGGCACUAGUGGAUGGCUUAGUGGAGAGUAACAAGGAGUGGCUGGCUGAGGAGGACAUACCGCAGCCCAUUCUUCAGACACACAUGCGCUACUGGAACAACAGCAACACUAAGUCUCCCAAGGCGGGCCCACACCGAAUGAGUGGAAGCGGCAACUUGAUCAUGUCACCUAAAGCGCGGCAGAGUGUUUCUGGAUUUGGAUUUGAAACUGGAUCACCGCCAGCGACACCGGAUAUUGCACCACUCAAUCUCACAUGCACCGCCAACAUACCGCCGAUGGACGACAUAUUCGACAUGGACGAAGACCGAGGGGGAGGGGGAGAUAUUGGUGCUGGCAGUGGCAGUGGUAGUGGCGUGAGCACGCCAGCAGCUAACGCAGGAGGCAAGAAUAUGUCAUCACCGUGGCAGCAGGCACACCAGGCACAGACGCCGAACAGUGCGGAAAGCAGCAAGGUUGCAGACUUACGUUCGAUAAUCCAAGCUGAAGCGGAGGCGAGUACGUCGAUGACGGGAACGUCAGCUGCAACGACACCCACACCCGCCUUACCCAAGUUGUAUGGACAGUCACCAGGACUGAGUAGCAGUAAAAUAUCGCAAAAGGAGAAACGGAAGCUGGCGAGUGAGCGAGAGAAGCAGGAGAAGCAGGAGCGAGUGGCUGGUGGAGCUGCGAGCACGCUGUCGGGAUUGUCAGGAUCGCCAAGCAAACCACCGACACCGGCAUGGAGAGUGCCUGAGCGGCGAACUUGGGCGUGGGGGAGUGAGGGUGUAGCAGGUGUAGCAGGAGCAUCAGGAGCAAUACAACAACCGUCAACAAGACCAGCACCAUCAACAACACCAUCGAAAGACCCAUCCAAUUCACCCAGCGCACGGCGUAGCGAAAAGAGCAACGUGAUAGUACCGAGUAGAGAAGGGAGAAAGGGAAGUAGUGCAAGUGGCAAGGCGUGGAGUCAGACACAGGCAUUUGCAAGUCCACCGCUGAGUAGUAUGAGUACACUACACACCCAACACAAACCCAACGCAGCAGAUACACAUUCACUGCCACUGCAUUCCAACACGUUCGAAGCGAUACAGAGCGAGCAGAGGGAUUUGGCCUUGUUACACUCAGCACAGCAUUCACGGCAAAAGAAAAGCAUGGUGGAGAUACAGAGAGAGGAGAGAGAGCGCGAGGAGGAGGAAGCGUUUCUGAGGUGGUGGGCGGAGGAGGAGCGCCGGACCAAGGAGGCGAUGGAGGUGGGUGUGAGUGGAGGUGGUAGGGGUGGUCGCGGGCGUAGUGGGCGUGGCAGAGGACGUGGGUCCAAUACCCAGAGUACUCAGAGUAGACAGAGUAAAAACAGGAAACAGGAAACGGGAAAGAGGUAA